UUUCUUUGAGGAUUAAAUAAUUUGAGGGGUGAUGAACCCCUUCUCCACAAGUAGUUUACAGGUAUCACUUUAUGAGAUCUUGCAGGAGCUCACGUUCACUGAGGACCAAUCAGAAUGGAGAGAGGCGAGAAGGAACCUCUACCUUUGCUACUAAUACUUUUAUGUAAGAGCUGAAAGAAUCGAAGUGUCUUCAGACUACCCAGUUUGUCAGUUCAAAUAAAGCAUUUGCUAGUUUGAUCUCGUUUGUAUUAAGGAGAAGCGCUAUUAGACUCGAUGGAUCGGCCAAACAUAAGAGUUUACGUCAUUCUGUUGUGUUUUAGCUUGACUUUCCUCAACUAUGCACAAUGCUCCAAAGAGGACAUAUUUGCCAAAGUGGUGGCCCUCGUGUCGCCAGGUGAAGUGCACCUGACUGAGAAAGCUCUUCGCUCGGUUCUGACGGAGUUGGAGAAACGUGUGCAAUGCAGCGAUGUGUCGUGUGGAAAGUGCCUCUCUGUGGAGGACGUGGGUCAGCUGCUCACCAACUUCUCCACCAGUCGGGUGGUCCACAUGGAUGACUUCUUCCGGCUGGCCGCGGGGUGCUGCCUGUACCUCAGCGCUCCCCCUCGGGCCUGCCGGGCCAUGAACGAGGGCCGCUGGGGCGAGGAGACGGAGGAGUUCACCCACAGCCUCGCCCACGGGGAGAACGCCACUCAUGGGGGGGAACACGAGGGCGAGGGCAGCGGGCUGGAAAGGCUGCUCCACAGCAUGGAGGAGCACUACCACCCAGAGAGCAAUCAGCCUUGUGUCACCAUGACAGACAUCCUGGAGGAGAGCAACGUGUCACUGAGUCAUGAGAACCACAGUGAUCACCGCAACCACGGCGGCGAUCAUCACGAGCUCCACGACCACAGUGAACUGGACGCCGUGUUCGGGGUGGUGCUGUACCACGCGCUGAAAGGGGACUGCAUGACCUCACAGGAGCUGCCAGAGGAGGUGUUCUUCCUGGACUUCAUCUUCCGGCAGUUUGGCUCUGAUAAUGCCACUUUACUUGACCUGGAGAGUGUGAUGAAGUCUGUAAACCUUGGGAAGCCAGUGGAGGAUGACCAUGACCACGACCACGACCACGACCACGAUCAUCAGGAGCAGCAUGACCAGCACGGGCACCACGGCAAGCAGGGCCAGCCAGGCCUCAGGCACGGCCACGAGGAGGGUCACGGGCGCAACAGCAGCUGGGAGCGGAGCUGCUUCAGUGCCGCGGAGCUGCUGAGGAUCCAUCACCUGAACGGCUCAGGUCUGUCCCGGGAUCAGUUCACCCGGCUCAGCCCGGCGCUGGUCCAACAGAUGCUUAGUGGCGCCUGCGUUUCCAAGGAGCCCAUCGUCAUCCCCGGAACCGGCCUCAGCCAGACAGAGAAAUACGUGUACGCUACCAUAGCCAACCUGCUGAUCUGCCUGACGGCGCUGUUUGGGAUCGUGGUGCUGCUGUGCACCUCCUGCACCAGCAUCUUCCAGCUCUGCAUCCAGUUCUGCAUCAGCCUGGCGGUGGGCUCCCUCACUGGCGACGCCCUGCUGCACCUCCUGCCAAUGGUUCUUGGCCUGCACAUCCACAGCACGGGGGGAAGCGAAGAAGGACACUCCCAUGGAGGCUCAACGUACAUUUACAAGAUUCUGGUUCUGCUGGCUGGGAUCUACUACUUUUUCCUGAUGGAGUCCGUCUUCUCCAUCGUCACCCGCAAAAAAGACAAAGACCAUCACCAUCACCCACACCACCACGGGGAGGACUCUGAGCCCCACCACUGUGACCACGGCAGAGUGCUGCAGAUGUAUCAGCAGGAGAAGAAGCACAGGCACUCCACCUCACAAGCAGACCUGGUGGAGGUGGAGGAGAACAUGAAAUUCGAGACGCCUCGUACCCAAGAACAGAGACUGCUUCCCUACAUGAUCACCAUAGGCGACGGGAUACACAACUUCGCCGACGGCCUGGCCAUCGGAGCGGCCUUCUCCGUGUCCUGGAAGUCGGGCCUGGCCACGUCUCUGGCUGUCCUGUGCCACGAGCUGCCCCACGAGCUGGGUGACUUUGCCAUCCUCCUGCACUGCGGCGUGUCUGUGAAGAAGGCCUUGCUGCUCAACAUGGGCAGUGCCAUGACCUCCUUCAUCGGACUCUACAUCUCCCUGUCCAUCGCCACGGACGCGGAAACAAAACAGUGGAUAUCCGCAAUCACGGCUGGGUUGUUCCUUUAUGUGGGCCUAGCAGAUAUGCUUCCUUCUAUGGUGCACGUGAACAGCACGAGGCCCUGGUUCAUGUUCUUCCUCCAGAACUUGGGCCUGCUGACGGGGUGGGGCAUCCUCCUCCUCCUCUCCCUUUAUGAGGACCAGAUUGGAGUCCUCUAGAGACUGGAUGAUUUUGAGUCCUGUUGGUUUGUUUGUUCGCCUAUAUGUUUAUUUGGUGUUGUUUUCAAAUGGAUCCUUUGCUCUAGACAGAUAUACAGUAUAUAGGGGAGCUGGUUGCCUUAGUUCAGCUUGGGAAAAGGGCGCUGAAACUCAAACUGUCAGAAGAUACACUCUUACUUAAAGCCCUGAAAGACUUUUCUAAAUGGAUGAGAGUAAAAAUAUGCGUCAAAAUGAAUGAAAAGACAUGUUCAUGUUUGAUUUUGCACACCCAGUAUAUUGUCUCAUGUAACAGUGAACUGUGAACUCCAUGUAGCCAAUGCUAGCUGCCUAGAUGUUCUCAGGUUUAAAAGCAUCAUAAAGCUUUCUCCUGGACGUAAGCGGUUUUCACAAGAAACAGUCAAUCGUGCAUUUCUCAUCUCUCUACAGAGUUUGCAUGAAAGAACUGCAGCAUAGUGACAAUAAAUGCACCCAAUGCAAGCUUGCAGAGUAACUCAUCUACUGCGAAGGUGUCUGUGACUCGAUGAACCCAAGUGUCUGAAAGCUUUUUCCUAUUUUCACAACAUUUAUAAUCAGAUCAAGCCAUCUGUGCCGUUGUUUUUGUAUAUUUAGUGAUGAAAUAUAAUGAGAUUGUACAUGUAAAAAUCUUUAAGUGUG